AUGUUACUUGAGCUCUGGGAAGAGACCGGUGUACAUUUUGGACGAUCCAACCGGAAGAACACACCAAAGAAAAAGCCGAAGCUUCAACCUCUCAAUUCCCAUACCGAACUUCUACUGAAAACGCCUCCACCGCCACUGCUGAAGACUCCACCACCCCCUCCAUCUAGGGAAUCUCCCUUCAAACAGCCGAGUAUAACUGAAGAAAGCAACUUGCUACGCAGUCAGACAGCUCGGAAUAACUGGAAGCGUCUAGCUCGAAAAGCCAGUGAACGAAGUAAAAAGGACCGCAAUAACGGCAAUGGUGAUGUUCCACCACUUCGCCCCCUACAACCAAUUCAGCGGUUGUCGGUUCAGCGAGAUCGAGAACUAGAUGACGAAGAUUCACCACCCUUAAUGCAAUGCCUUUCGGCACUCAGCGCUACUGAAAACACUUUACUCGAAAGUAAACUCAAAAGGAGGUACGCACUGGAAUGGGAGUACCUGGCUACCGUCUUGGACAGACUGCUGUUGAUCGUCUUCUCGAUAGUCGUGUUCCUCGUCACUUUCUUGAUGAUCCUGAUCGGCGAAGCGAUGCACCUCUCCUACCAAAUGACAUCAGAUGCAGCUCAUCCACUAGCGCCUUAG